GCAACGCACGAUGUUUGAGUUUAUGAAAGAAAGUCAAGUUAUAAUGAAUAUAUUUCGACAUGUCAGUUAGAAAUUAAAACAAUUAACCGAAUGUAUAAUUAUAUGCUCUCAAGACAUUGUUUUUUACUGACAAUAUGCCUGAAACCUCGGAGGAUAGCGCCGACAGCUGUGUGCUGUUACACAGGUCCUGACGCUGAUCCACAGCUCAGAGAGCGAAGAGGAGCAAACAAAAACCAGGUUACAAAAAGGCGCAGAAAAGAGAGACCUUCAUGCCAGCCAGUCCUGGACAACUUUGACCAGCAGUACAGUCAGGAACUCGGAGACCUGUGGCCAUCUGCAAGAGCAGUGCUCCUGGACCCUUACUCUUGGCAGUAUGGCGUCAUGCUGAACCGCUUCAGCGCUGUGACGGGCAUCACACAGAUCCUCCAGUCUCAGGGCUUUUCUACAUUGCUGCCUCAGAACAGUGUCUCCCCGCUCCUUUGUAAUGACUUCUCAACAAUCUCCAAUUCUAAACACCAAGCAGGAAAAGACUCUCCAUUUCCACCUGACUACAUUUCAAAGUUCCCUCCUAAUGACUUUCCUCUCCAACCUGAAAGCAGCUCUCAUGUGCUCCCUCAAGACCUUAAAUCAGAGCCUUCACUGAGUUUACCCCGUUCUACAUUACAGUGUUACAUCCACCCGUAUCCACUGCGCUUCCCCUCUCAGGCUCACAGGCCCGGCCAGCUGAAGCAGUACUACCUCCUGAAUGCUGCCUCCCUGCUGCCAGUGCUGGCUCUGAACGUCACAGAUGGGGAGAAGGUUUUGGAUCUCUGCUCGGCACCUGGGGGCAAAGCCUUAGCCAUAAUGCAGUGUGCCACCCCAGCACUGCUCUGCUGUAAUGAACCGGACCCCCACAGACGGGACUGGCUUUCCAAAACCCUCGAGUCGUUCCUGCCUCCGUCACUAACCAGCAGAGUGACUGUAUCCGCACAGGACGGAUGCUCUUUUGGGCAAAGUGAAACAGGAGAGUAUGACAAGGUUUUAGUGGAUGCUCCAUGUUCUAAUGACAGGAGCUGGUUGUAUUCCAGCAGCAGCCAGCAGGGGGAACAGAGACUGAAGGAAAGAGCCAGGCUGCCUGCUCUCCAGGCUCAACUGCUGAGGUCUGCGCUGACAGCGCUGCGUCCGGGGGGGGUUGUGGUCUAUUCCACCUGCACUCUGUCCAGCUCUGAGAACUAUGCUGUGGUCGACUCAGUGCUGAAUGACUGUCCUGAGGCUGAACCUGAAGACCUGUGGGAGGAGAUCGCUGUUCCUUUAUCAAAAUACUUUACAUUUAGUCAUGCUCACCCUGAUCUUGACACACCUCAGAAGCCGUCCCUGCGGCCACUGAAUGGCUCCUCGUCCUCUAAUCCCCGCAGACUCGGCAUUUUAGUGGUUCCUCAGCCCGGCAGGACCUGGGGACCCAUGUUUUUAUCUCGGAUUAGAAGAAGGAAAUAAAGUAGGUUGUGGAACGAAUUUCCAAACAUACACAUUUCCUCUGUACACCUUUUGUUAACUCUAGGUUUUUAAAUGCAAAGUACCUCAUGAAACCCUCCACUAGGUCACACACGCUGACAAACGUACCCUUUCACAUUUCAUAUAUCAACAUUUGGUUUACAACUCCUUCUUCCCCUUAAAGCCAAACUAUUUGUUCCUUUUGGCUACCCACACCCUUUUUAUUUAUUAUUUGUUAUUGUUAUGAUUUAUUGUUUAUCGGAACCACUGACACUGCACAUGUACGAUUAAAUUAUAUUGUCUGAACAUAUUGUUAAUUGCUUUACAUCAAUAACUGCGUCCACAUUGUAUAAUGAAAUCGAUAAUACUGUAAGACUGCAAUAAUUUACAAUGUAAUAUUAAA